AAAAUGUUUAAAAGUGUUGAAAACCAAGACAAAAAAAAAUGGAGUGAAAAAGAUGAAAUCCCUAAAUUGAAUCGCAAAUCGCAAUUUGAAAAAAAAAAGAUCUCUCUCUGAAGAAUCCGUCAUGGCGUCGUCAAGCGAUCCUUCAAAACCAGUAAUGGAGAGGAAGAAGAAAGGAGCUCCGAUCAAAUUCUUAGUACCUCUCAUCUACGCACCUGCGCUUCCUUUGAUUCGGUUGUCUUUAAGGCAUAAGCCAGUUCUAAGAGAUCGUCUCUUCGGUCUUGUCCUCGUCGGUGCUUUUGCUCAUGGCUUCUAUCUUGUAACGGAUAUAUAUGAUGCAGAGAGCAAAUGAAAAACUGGGAGUUGCAGUCAGUCAACAAGAUCUCAAUAUUUUCUCAGAUUGUCUUUCAGAUAAAUAAUUUUUGCCUUUUGGGUUUAAACCUAUUUGACACAUGAACUAUGGAUUUUUCCUUAUGAACCCAUUUAGUCAUCUUGUAAUGUAUCAUCUUUUUUACAUUUUUCAAUCUCGUUCUUGAUUUUUCCAUGUCUUGAAUGUGAAAACUAGAGUGGAGAGCAAAAUUAGUUUGCGUAAUAUGCAUCGACAUGAACACAUGUUUAUGAUAUGGGCAAGGAUCAUAUAUUUAUUAUACUGCUAAUAUAUAAUAAAAUAGAGUCAAUAUAGCAACAGAUUCUGGUAACAUCUAAGUGGAGACAGCAUUAGAGGUGGCAGGUUGUUUGCGAGUUACACCUCUUGUGCAAUGAUGAUGGAUCGAACAAGUGCGUUCUUUCAUUAUAAAUUAUAUUUGUUUUUAACGUCAAGAUCCUUACUUAGCUCUCACACCACAUGUCCAAGUAAAAAGAACAUUUAAAUAUUUUCCCUCUUCUUUAAUUUUUUGACUUGUUCACAAGUAAUGAUGGAGUAAUGGCACGUGGUGAGAUAAGAGUGUGAGUGUGUAAAUAAAAAACCAAAAAAAAAGUGGCAUAGACAAGAAGUAGUUGGAAUGUCUUGGGAUCACGGAUUAGUGAAUGUUCUUUUGGGGGUUUAAGGUAUUGACGGCGACACGUAUUUCAU